UGCUUCUGAUACGAUGAACGCAGUCAAAAGUUUUUUAAGCUUUUCUUCUUUUGUUUUAGUGUUGAGCUCUAUUGUGGUUGUGACUGAAGCUAGGGAUCCUUUCAAUGUCUUGAUGUCUCGGAAGUUUGGUGGUGGAAAGCUCCCUGACUUAUUUGAUAUUGGUUUAUAUCUUGGAGCUAUCAAAGGGUCGGGUCCAAGUGCUCCUGGUGAAGGACACAGGUUCGUUAAUGGUCGCACCCUUGGAGGCAUUAAGACCUCUGGCCCAAGCCCUGGUGUGGGACAUAAGUUAACUGACAGCUUGGGUCUUGGAGGUAUUAAGGACUCUGGCCCCAGUGGCGGUGGUGAGGGACACAAAGUCACUGAUACUCGAACCCUCGGCGGUAUUAAGAACUCUGGUCCUAGUCCUGGUGAGGGACACGGCUCCACUCUUGGAGGUAUAAAGGUCUCGGGUUCCAAUGGAAACAGGCUAACUAUUAGCAUCAAUCUAGGAGGCAUAAAGGAUUCCGGUCCAAGCCCUGGUGUGGGAAACAAGUUUACUGAUAGUCGAACCCAAGCCAUCAAGGACUCCGGUCCAAGCCCUGGUGUGGGAAAUUGAGGCUCUGGUCUGGGCCAUGGGUACCCCUAAUUCAUUGAGGCUCAUUCACUUGAAGAUAGCAAUAUUUCAAACAAAGUAGAGUUUUAGGUAGCCAUAUAUAUAGGAACGACAAGAUUUGUUUUAUAUUACAGAUUCUUUUGUUUUUAAGUUCAUCAUGGUUCAAUUUGCUGUUUGAGUUAACUCACACUGGUUUUCAUCUCUUCCAUAGUUCAAAGUAAGAGAUUCUUUGUUAAAA